UCCUAACCUCCAAUUCUAUUUUAUUUACACAUUAUAAUUUUAUUUCCAUGAACUUAAUUAAUUUAAGAUUUUCUAAUGAUACAUAUAAUAGAAAAUGAAGAACAAUAACAAAGGGUCACAUCAGAAUUUAGUUAAUUCCCGGAAAGCUAUACGUAAACAAAAGCGACAAGUGAAAAAGUUACACCGACAUGAACAUUAUUUGAAAAAGAAAACUCUAAAAGAAAAAGUGACUUACGAACCGGGAAGAUUUGUGAAAAGACCAGCAGAUGAUGAACAAGAUGUUCAGCAAGUCAAGACAAAGAAACAUAAACCUUCCAUCCAAGACAUUCUCACUAAAGAGAUAGAAAAAGAAAAGAAACAAACUGUUCGCCUUAAAGACCAAAUGGACAAACAGAGAAGGAAAAUACUUCUUAAUGCUAAUGAGGAAGAGGACAAGAUCAUAAAAAAAUUGGAAAAACAGUUAGGACUUAAUAAGUCUAAAAAUAAAACUAGUCGUUUUACUGAUGAUGGACUGGAUUAUCUUUUAGAAAUAUGUGAUAGAACAACAUCAGAGCAGAUUGUGGCAGCUGAGAAGCAUUUAGCUAAUGUUGAAGGAGAAUCCGAUUUUGAUGAGGAUCUAGCAAUGGUAACUGGAAAUAAACCUGAUACAAAAAAGGAAAAUAAUAAAAUAGAAAAAAAUAAAAGUAACAUUAAAAAGGAUAAAGAAUCUAUGGAGAGUUCAAGUGAAGAAUCUGAUGUUGACAAUGAUGAUGAGGAAUCAGAUUAUAGUGAUGAUGAUAUUGGUGAAUAUGACAGUGGUGAUGAUUUGUCAGAUAUAGGGGAAGAAGAAAUGUCUGUUGAUGAAUCAGAAGUGAAGACUAAAUCAAAAAAGUCCAAAAAGCCAAAUGAAAAUGAAACUUCUAAAGACAGCAAACAAAAUAACAUUAAGAAUUCAAAAUCAGUAAAAUCUAGUAGUAAUCAGAAGAUCAUUUCGGAGGAGGAACUAAGUAAAGUGUUCAGUGAUGAUGAAGUGUCACAUUUAUCAGGUGAUGAUGACAUGGGUGACUUCUCUGGUGAUGAUGACAUUGAUCAUAAUAAUGAUAGUGCAAAAGAAAAACCUGAUGUCUGGGAAGAUAUUUAUGGUAGGAAGAGGGACAAAGAAGGAAAUGUUAUAAAGGAAGAAAAGGGUAUUUACAUACCACCACACUUAAGGAAUAAAGAUGCAACGUCUGCAAAAGAUUUGGCGCUACUGAAACGACAGAUCAAAAGUGUCCUCAACAAGCUGGCCGGCACAAAUCUCCACUGGGCGUGCACAUCAAUAGAGAACUUAUACUCGAAUAACAGUCGAAAUUCUGUGAACACGGCCCUGACCGAGUUGUGGAUGGAAGCAACGGUGGCGCCCUCUCACACGCCCGACAGAAUGCUUGCCGAACAUGCCGCUCUGGUGUCUAUACUUCACGCUAAUGUUGCCACUGAAAUUGGUGCUCAUUUCCUUCAGGAGUUGUGUAAGAAAUUUGACGUGAUGAUGCAAAAACCGCAACCUGUGGAGGACAAGACAUUAGAUAACUUAGUCUCAUGUUUGGGACAUUUGUAUUGUUUCAAGAUCUACCACGCGAGUUUACUAUACGACAUCCUCGGACGACUCCUGGAUGAAAUAUCAGAGAAGAAUAUAGAAUGCGUGCUGGUAGCGCUGCGGAGCGUUGGCGGCGUGCUGAGGAAGGAAGAACCGUUGGCGUUGAAGAACUUCAUACACGAGACACAGGCGAAGGUGGCCAAGUUGACUGCCAGCUCUGCUGAUGGUUCCCGAAUAAAAUUCCUGCUCGAAGUACUGAUGGCGGUUAAGAAUAAUAACCUGAACAAAAUACCCGGCUACGAGCCGACGUAUGGCGAACAUCUGCGGAAGCAAGCACGCGUGGCCAUUAGAAGAGGCAACUACGGAGCGCCUCUGCGGAUCAGUUUACACGAUUUGUUGCUAGCGGACGAGAAAGGAAAAUGGUGGGUGGUAGGCUCGGCGUGGGAGGGCAAUCACACGCGGGCAGAAGAUAAAUCAACUGUGAAACCACCUGGCAGCACAGACCAGAAGCUUCUAGAACUAGCAAGGAAGCAGAGGAUGAAUACCGACGUCAGGAGAAGCAUAUUCUGUGUCAUAAUGUCUGCUGAGGACUAUAUGGAUGCCUUUGAAAAGCUCCAGCACUUAGGCCUAAGGGGGCAACAAGAGAGAGAGAUAGUCCAUGUGCUUCUAGCUUGCUGCCUACAGGAGAGAACUUAUAAUCCUUAUUAUGCAGUUCUAGGACAAAAAUUAUGCGACACAGAUAGGAAAUAUCAGCUCUCCAUACAAUAUUCAGUGUGGGACAAGAUAAAGGAGUUGGACAGUUUAUUGAAACAGAGCAGCGUCAGUCUGGCGCAGUUUCUCAUACACCUGAUCAUGGAGAAGGGACUGCCGCUUUCCGUUUUAAAGAUAAUCGAAUUCUCAGACCUUAAUAAAGCUAGCGUCCGGUUCAUGCGACAAAUACUAUUAGCUAUCAUAAUGAAUGAAAAUCUACAAUCGUCUCUAGAAGUCUUCCACAGAAUAUCCAAGCCGCCGAAGCUCCACAUGUUCAGGGAAAGCAUAAGGCUAUUUAUACAACACUUCCUAAUAAAGAAUAUAAAUAAAAAAAGCAAUAUAUUGAACGCAGAAGAAAUGGCAACACUGAAAGAGCGAGCUCUCGAAGUGGACAAGAUAUUAACGAUGCACGAAUCUAAGUUACGACUUUAA